GAGAGAGAGUAUUAGGACACUAGGACGGUUCUGUGCGGUGCUCCAAUGUCAGUCCUGAACCGUCCAUAGCUAAAGGAGAGAGAGGAGCGUCCUGAAGACCCACAGCCCCGAGCUCCAGUACCAGGCUACCGUGGAAGCCCUUUGGAUUAACUUUUCACUUGACUUCACUUCUCUUUAAAGCAACACUUUUCUUAUUUCCUCUCGUGCGUCUCUCUACGGUCAGUCGGUGGAAUGGCAGAGAAGCGACGCUCUCCCUGCAAUCUGAGCGUCAAAGCGCACGCGUUCUCGGUGGAAGCUCUGAUCGGGGCAGAGAAGAGACGGAAGCUCGGGGACGACGACGCCGCAGUGUGCUGUCUCGAUGAGUGGACCGAGGUGUUGGAGAUUCCCGCUAACGAAGGGGAGGGAGAGAAGAGGGUGUGCGAGCGCGCCAGCGACCGGGGCCGCGAGAUAGAGUGUGCUACGGAGAGUUGUGACGUGGGGUUGGAUAGCCCGCGCCCCGAGGCCCGGGCCCAGCGCACGCCGCCGGUAACAGUAACGGUUCCCGGAGAGGAGAUGCGCGUGGACCUGCAGGGCUCCGAACUGUGGAAACGGUUUCACGAGAUUGGUACCGAGAUGAUCAUCACCAAGGCCGGCAGGCGGAUGUUUCCCGCUAUGCGUGUGAAGAUCUCUGGUCUGGACCCCCACCAGCAGUAUUACAUCGCCAUGGACAUCAUCCCCGUGGACAACAAAAGAUACAGGUACGUGUACCACAGCUCCAAGUGGAUGGUGGCGGGGAACGCGGACUCCCCCGUGCCGCCGCGUGUGUACAUCCACCCGGACUCGCUGGCUUCCGGUGAGACGUGGAUGCGUCAGGUGAUCAGCUUCGACAAACUCAAACUGACCAAUAACGAGCUGGAUGACCAGGGACAUAUCAUCCUCCACUCCAUGCAUAAGUACCAGCCCCGUGUGCAUGUGAUCCAUAAGGAGCGUGGCGAGGAGCUGUCUCCUGUUAGACCCGUACCCCAGGGAGACGGAACCAGAACGCUCAGCUUCCCAGAGACCACCUUCACCACUGUCACCGCAUACCAGAACCAACAGAUCACCAGGCUGAAGAUUGACAGGAACCCAUUUGCUAAAGGCUUCAGAGACUCUGGAAGAAACCGGAUGGGCCUGGAGGCUCUUGCAGAGUCAUAUGGGUUCUGGCGUCCUUCUCUCAGAACGCUGACGUUUGAAGACAUCCCUGGAAUGAAACAAGGAGUCCCGGGGCCGCAUGGAGGAGUAGGAUCGUCUCACCUGCUCUCCUCCUCCCCUUUCCAGGUGUGCCCUCUUUCUCCCCUGGACUACACCUGCAGCCGGCCGACACACCCCCUCCAUCGCUACGGCAACCCCCCUUCCCCCUUCCCACUUCCUGCGUCGCGAGGACCGUCAGCUUAUGACAGCAAAGUAUUCUGCUCAUUGUCCCUACCCCCCUCUCAGAUUGGCUACCUGCAAACUCCGCCCCCCCAUGGCUACGGUAGUAUCCACCUCCAUUCCCCCCACUACGGUCUCUACAGUUACGCAGCCAGCCCAGACAAGAUGGCGGCUUCUGGUGCCCCUGUGGCCAAUCAGAACCCUUUCCUCGGCUCCUCCCCCAGCGGAACCCUGACGGAAAGUCUGGGCAUGCUCAGUGGAGGCCAGCAGGCCAACUUCCUGUUUGACUCUCGGACGCUGGGAUUUGCAGGGAGCCAGUCAGGGGGAGGGCCUUCACAGGUCACCGCCCACAUGGGCUGAGACACGCCUCUGAACCCUGACCCCUGGGGUUGCUAUGGCAACAGGCUGCUUCUCUGUGAAGAGGGUGUGGUUUGGAACUCUGGAAUGAAUCACCAGCCAAUGAGGAUUGACGAGACAUCUCACAGACCUAUGGGGAGAUGGAGAGAGAGGAAGGGACAGCUUCGGAGACUGUUUGUGUGAGCGAUUAGAGAGAGAGAAAGAGAGAACGUCCAACUCCACUGACUAAUGGGAUAUUUUUAUUAGGUACUUGUUGUUGUUGUUGAUGUUGUUUUUUCUAAGCAUCUUAUUAAAGGAAUAAAUGGACUGCGA